AUGGCUGACGCUGCCGCACAGUACAAGAAGCAGGACGGAACUGUCUCCGUCUCUGCCGAUGGCAAGACGGUGGCUUGGAGGUCGGCCAGUGGCGCGCUUCCUCCCCUCUCAAUAGCCAUAGCUGACAUCGCAAAUCUGCAGCAAACUCCUGCAACCGCCGCAAAGGCCUCCAUCAAGAUCGUUGUCAAAGAGCCAUCGCCCCAAGCCGGUAACCACACCCUUACAUUUACCUCCGCCGCCGCUCGCGACGAUCAGCAAACCAUAACCGGCGUCCUGCGCAAAUGGAUCGAAAACUCAAAGCAACAGGCUGCGCCUUCACCUGCACCGGUAGCGGCCAAGGCAGGUGAAGGCGAUGGCGGCCCAUCGGCCGCUAUGGCUAUGGCCCAGACCGUCGCAGCACCGGCCAAAAGCGACCAAGACACCUACGACGAUGCAAAGCUGCUUGCCGACACGGCCCUACAAAUGUCGUUGCUCAAUUCCAGUCCGGCCCUUCGCCAACGCUUUGAUCGGGCCCUUCUCGAGAAGCCCGAUUCUGUCUCGGUCUUGCAAUUCUCAAUGCAGUUCUGGUCAACCCGGGUGCACAUGUUGAGAUCGCAUGCCACAGAGAGAUCUCAGGCCACAGGAACCUACAAUGUCUUGUCGGUCAUAAAGUCAAAAUCAGUCAACGGUACUCUGAUGCUGAACUUGACCAAAGAGCAAAUCGAGCUCCUCUUUAGGCAGCACCCGAUAGUCCAAAAAGCAUACAAUGAAAAUGUUCCCCCACUCACAGAGGGCGACUUUUGGGAAAGGUUCUUUCACAGUCGACUGAUGAAAAAGCUCAAGGGCGAACGCAUCCAAGACAAGGAUGUGCUUGAUCCAAAGCUGGACAAGUACUUGAGUUACGACGAAACAGCAGAUAGCUCUCUGGACCUGCUUGCUGCCUCUAUCCCAACUUUUAUCAAUAUUGAGGCCAACGAAAACAAUCACAGCCAAAAACAAGGCAACCGACCCGACUUCACCAUGAAUCCAGCCCAUUACGAAAAGGCACCCAUUCUUCGCGUCCUGAAUCGCAUGAGCGAGAAGAUGAUGAAGGAGGUGCCCCCUUCCGAUGCAAAUCGGCACGGGCCAGCCGGAGUCGAUGAAGAAACAUACAAGGAGCUGCAGCUGCGUGAUCUCCAGCUUGCAGAUGACGACAAUCGAGUAGUACUCAAGGUACAUGAUCAAAGCCGGUUCUUUUCGGCUGGACAAAGUGUACAUACCUCGACCAGUGCUGCGACAUACACAAAGCGCACUCCCGCACAGGCACUAUCCACUCUGCACCAAGAUCUCCGCAAGUUUGACGGCAACACUGGCCAGGCUUCUAAAGUUGAUUUACAUUCCCUCAUCGAAAUCAAUGAUGAAAGUAGUAGUGACGAGGAGGAAUCUGUCCCCAAGAAGAAGACAAAGGUUGGCAGUAGAUCGUCACGAAAAGCAGCCUCUUCACAAAUUUUAUCGGCUCUCAAGAAGCGACAUCUACACAAUGAUGAUUAUUCCUCAUCCAAGUCUAUCCCUACUGCUGAGCGGGCAAAGGAGCUUCAUGUCUCUGAAGCUGUCCUUGACAAUCUGACCAUGACCCAUAACACCACUGUCGAAUUCCUACAUUAUUUCUGGGCUGUGUUCUACUCGGGAGACCCCGACCGUGCAAACGAGAUUGCAAGGCUCAUUGAGACACUUGACAAAUCUCUCGAUCGUAUCAAGGCUGUUGCUGAUAUGGCAGAAGCAGAGCGCGCGGCUAGGAUUGAGCAUGCGCGAAAAGAAAACGAGUUCUCCAACCAAAGAGAACGCAAGAAGCGUAAGUUCGAUCCUGAGGCUAUCAGAGGAGGGGCGAAGGCUGUCAAUCAAAUCGCAGAUCCUCUGCUUCGAGCGAUAGAUGCUGCGCGUCGUCAAUACCAGACGGCACUUCGAGAACAAGUAGCGCGUAGCUCGUCAAACGUUGCCGCUUGA